AUGCGUUCCAUACUAAGCAUUGGAGCAUCCUUUAGAAUUGCCAAAGGAGCAAUCACAUAUUCGAAUCCAGCAUCUCUCUUGAUUGCUACGAAGUAUUCAUACCCAUUGAUUAGAUCCCAAAAUAGCUUUAGGUUAAAUAAAUAUUACUCUACUGGCAGUGGAGCAUCUGCUUCACCACCACCACCACCUCCACCUCCUCCUCCUCCUUCUGGCGACAAGAAUGCCAAAGGUAAAUUACUUCUUAACAGAAUUUCGAGAGCAUUUACAUUUCUGAUUUCCUCAUUGAUGGUGGUUGGAGCAUCUGGGGUCGCACUUCUUGUGGUGUACUUGAUCCUCUCAGAGCUAUUCCUCCCAUCAGGAGAUACUAGAACAUUUAAUAAGGCAGUUAAAUUGGUAGAAAAGAAUGAAGAAGCCCAGCAAAUAUUGAAUUUCAAAGCUGGUGAAAGAUUGAAGGCAUACGGUGAAACAUUUGGCGAUAAAUGGGUACGUAAUAGACCGGUGCAAAGUGUGAAGAGUAAAUCUGCAGAUGGAAAGGAUCAUUUGUUGAUGAAAUUUCAUGUCGAAUCUGAUGCUGGAUACCACGGUACCGUAUCAUUAGAUCAAGUAGAUGAAUCAUUCUGGAAGGCUGAAUUUGCUUACAUAGCCUUGGACACUCCAAACAGCUCCAAAAGAGUUUAUAUUGUAGAACCAAAGUUCCAAUCGAAGAACUAUGUACCUACUUUAAAUGGGAAUGACGGAUUCUUGGGACUCAAGUGGGGGCCAAAGAAAAAUUAA